CGCUCGCUCGCUCGCUGGCCACUUCAUCCUUAUCUGAAUCGCCUGCCUGCCAGCCUCUGCCCGCCGUGCCCCACCCACCCAUCCUCAUGUCCCCCGCGGCCACCGCGUGCGCCACGCCGGCGGCGGCGCGCCCGCCCCUCUCCGUCCCGACCCGUCGCUCGCCGCCGCCCGCCGCCCGUCCGCCGAUAUCCGCCGCCCGUCGCGCCACCUGCUGCUUCUGCACCGCUGCCUCCGCAUCGCCCUCCACCUGGGACUGGACCCGAUGGAGCCGCCACUUCGACGAGGUCGACCAGGCCGAGAGCUACGCCUCCCUUCUCAAGUUCCAGCUGGAGGAGGCGGUGGAGAACGAGGACUUCGCGGAGGCCGCCAAGCUCAAGAGGGCCAUCCUUGAGGCCACCGGAGACGAUGCCGUCGCCCACGUCAUGUCCGAGCUCAAGAGCGCUAUUGAGGAACAGCGGUAUCAGGAUGCUUCGAGGUUGACAAGGCUUGCCGGAACCAGCUUGGUAGGUUGGUGGGUGGGAUACGCUAAGGACACAGAUGAUUCCAUUGGGAGAAUUGUGCGGAUAAGCCCUGGUGUCGGGAGAUAUGUGGCUAAGAGCUACAGCCCAAGACAAUUGGUCACUGCAUCUUCAGGGACUCCAUUAUUUGAGAUUUUCCUCGUUAGAGACGACAAUGAGACGUAUACAAUGAAGGUGGUACACUUGCGACCAGCAAAAGGAACUUCAAGUGCAUCGUCCAUGUCAUCAACAACUACAGAAGGUCCAGCUAAAGUAGAAAUUGAAAGCUCAUCAGAAAGUAGUGCUGUAUCUGAUAGUGUUACAGAGGAAGCAAAUACAGAUACUAAGUCAAAAGGAAAUGAGGAUGUUGAGGAGAAAGAACAAGAUGCUGGUAGCACCAAGGAUAGUAGUGUCGAAGGAUUGAAAAGUGUUUUGAAUUUUUUCAAGUCUCGGAUUCCUGAAUUCAAAGUCCAAGUAAUAAAUGUAGAUGUAUCUGAGGAAAAUGAACUAGCUGCAAAUUCAUCAGAAGAAUUAGUGCAAGAUGAUGUGAAGAGCAUAUCAGAAAAUUCGUUGGAAGAGACUACCACUGAGGAACUCCAGCAGGAAGAUGUUCCUGAAGAAGACAUGGAUGAAGAAAGUAAAAGUACGGAGGUGAAGCUUUUCAUCAGUGGAGUGGUUCACAAUAAAGAAGAUGCUGGAGCAAAAUCAUAUGUUCGAGUUCCUGCUGAAAUAAAUAACUUGGAAAAAGACUCCUUUGAACUGUACAUUCCUGGAAAAGGUUCCGAUCGAGAUCUGGCUGAAACAAAGGCCGCAAAACAGAAAGUUGCAGAUAUGGCUGCUAAAUUAGCAUCAGAGCUUAUGCCGUCUGAUGUUGCGAAGGCAUUAUGGGGCACAACCAAGAGUUCUUUGAAGAUAAAUAAAGAAGUUCAGGAGCUUUUAAGGCUAACAUUAAGCAAGGCCCGAGUCAAGCUGACCGAGAAUACCAUUUUCAAUCGGAUCAUUACGGACACUAACAGCACAGAUCCAUUUAAUGGUCUCUAUGUGGGAGCAUUUAGUCCAUAUGGACCCGAGAUAGUGCAGCUCCGUCGGAAGUUUGGCCACUGGAACAGUACCGAUGACGUAGAAUUUUUCGAAUAUGUUGAAGCAGUAAAGUUGACUGGUGAUCUGAGUGUGCCUGCUGGCCAGAUAACAUUCCGUGCUAAGGUUGGGAAGGGCAAGCAUCUUGAGAAUCGUGGCGCAUACCCAGAGGAAUUCGGAGUGAUUGCCAGUUAUAAAGGUCAGGGUAGAAUAGCACAACCUGGAUUCAAAAAUCCCCGAUGGGUGGAUGGUGAGCUCUUGGUGCUCAAUGGCAAGAGUACGAUCCCACACCUUGGAGGUGCGGAGCUUGGUUUCCUGUACAGCGUACUUGAGCAGAGUUUCCUAGUUCUCUUUGACCGACUUAAUCUUCCUGAAUGAUGAGACUAUAUGCCAAAAUGAGCUGAUUCUCACAUGCAAAUUGCAUAAACACUGUGGGAGGCCGGCCCCAGUUUCAAGAGAUUGAAUAGGUCACCUGCGGCUUUUUCCCGCCCUCCCUGUGUGAGAGAGAUGCCUGCCUCUUUUCUCUUCUCUGACUUGAGAGCAGCCGAUCUUUUUGACUCUUCAGAGUAUAAGGGAAAGCUGACCUUAUUGGUCUAAAUUAACGGAACAGAGUUAUUAUAUACCCUGUUAUGCUCCUGAAGGUAUAGAUAUGUAUUUGGUAUUUUGGUGUGAGCAUGACAGUUUUGCGAGUUUUUUCUUCGUUGUUGCUUUCAAUAAGCCAGGUUGGAAACCAAGUUAAAUAAGUCAAUUCUGGUGUUUUCGUGAUGUUACAGAUA